GUGCAUAAUUUAUUUAUAGUUAGUUAAUAAUGGCAGAAAAAGACCCGCUUAUAAGUGAACGCUCUGGAACUGUUAGAGAAGUUGGAAACCAUGCAAUUUGGAGUCUUUCAUCUUGCAAACCGGGUUUUGGAAUCGAUCAAUUGAGAGAUGAUUGCAUGGAUACCUAUUGGCAAUCAGAUGGACAAUUGCCGCAUCUCGUAAACAUCCAGUUUCAAAGAAAAACUAUGGUGUCCCACAUUUAUAUCUAUACAGAUUACAAGUUGGAUGAGAGCUAUACUCCCAGUAGAAUAUCCAUUCGGGCUGGAACUCACUUUAAUGAUCUUCAAGAAAUAGAAGUUAUAGAACUGAUUGAACCAAGUGGUUGGGAAAUGAUACCAAUAAAAGAUAUUCAUGACAGACCUAUAAGAACUUACAUGAUUCAAAUUGCGGUCCUAAGCAACCACCAAAAUGGACGGGACACUCAUAUGAGGCAGAUCAAAAUUCAUUCUCCGUGUGAACCAACAUCAUUUGAUCUUAAUAAAUUGCAGAAUUUUUCUACAGUAAAAUUCCAACAGUAUGCUACUAUUCGGUGAAUGAAAAUAAGAUAU